UGGUCGCAGCAGCCGCACGUUAGCGAAACACUUCCUGCCUAGAACGGCUAAUGACAGAAGCGACAACUACUACAGUGUACUCUCCAACACACGUGUGUGUGUUGUGCUCGCUCCACGUGUGAGCUGUCUGAUGUGGAGCAGGUUGCUGAGUCCUCGUGUGGUUUGCAGAUCUGGUGUCUGUUGGAGGAGUCUCUACACGAUGCAGCUGAAGACCAGUGACUUCCGCUCUCUGUUCACCGAGGGGCUGAACGGACUCGUAGAGAUAUUUGAGAAGAAUAAUCAUGAGCUAAGGAUAGCUGGAGGGGCUGUGCGGGACCUGCUGUCUGGGAAGCGGCCUGAGGAUGUGGACUUUGCCACGACAGCCACUCCAGAGGAGAUGAAGCGCAUGUUCCAGGUGGCUGGCAUCAGGAUGAUCAACAAUAAAGGAGAGAAGCAUGGGACCAUUACAGCAAGGCUACACAAUGAGAACUUUGAGGUGACCACCUUGCGUCUGGACGUUCAGACAGAUGGACGUCAUGCAGAGGUGGAAUUCACCAAAGACUGGCUAAGAGAUGCAGAGCGGCGAGACCUCACCAUCAACUCCAUGUUUUUAGGUCUCGAUGGCACAUUGUAUGAUUAUUUCAAAGGAUACGAAGACCUGAAAAACCGUAAAGUUCGGUUUGUUGGCAGCUCUGAGCAAAGAAUCCAAGAAGAUUACUUGAGAAUACUGCGAUAUUUCAGGUUCUACGGCAGGGUGGCUUUGGAGCCUGAUGACCAUGACCCUGAGACGCUGACAGCCAUCAAGGAAAACGGCAGAGGACUAGCAGCGAUAUCGGGAGAGCGGAUUUGGGUGGAGCUAAAAAAGAUGGUGGUUGGUAACCAUGCUGCUCAUCUACUGGAGCUGAUGUACAAGCUGGAACUGGCCCAGUACAUAGGUUUACCUCCAGAUGGCGAUGUUGAAGAGAUGAAGCGAGUGUGGCAGAAUGCCAAAGACUACUCUCCCAAGCCCAUGACCGUCAUGGCUGCUCUCUUUCACUGUCCAGAGGAGGUGGAAAAGAUGGAUCUCCGACUGAAGGUCUCAAGGGAGGAGAAGAAUCUGGCUCUGUUCCUGGUCAAACAUAGACGAGAGCUGUGCAAGAGCAAAGACGAGCCGCAGAGUCUCAAACCCUUCACUGACUUCAUCUUUGAUAGUCGGGAGCUGGAUGCUCAGAUUAAAGUGUGCGAGCUGCUGACGUAUCAAGGUGAGGAGAAGCUGCUGGCCGAGCUCCGUAGAUGGUCCAUCCCUCGAUUCCCUGUCAGCGGUCACGAUCUGAGGAGGAUGGGCAUCACGUCAGGCAAGGAAAUUGGGGCCACCUUACAGAAUCUCCGCGACAUCUGGAAGAAAAGCCGCUAUCAGAUGGACAAGGAAGAACUGCUCAGUCACGUACAGACUUAGACAAAGCAGAGCUGUGUUUUUUUUCUUUUUCCUUUUAACAAAUAGUCUGGACUCUCUCGGAAACUGUGCUGAUCACUGGUAUUGAUCGAGCAUUGUGGACAGAGGACGCCACAAGAACAGAGACAUGCACACCUAUUAAUGAAUGUAAUUGCAUUCUAAAUUACCGGAGGGCCUCUUGUGUUCAUCUGCAUCGCCAUCUAAAUCCGAAGAGCUCACACACAAUAUGCACUGAGCAUCGCAGCUGCCACAUUAUGCGAAAACAUGAUAUGGAAAACGGCAACUGAUUUCACCAUACGUGUCAUCACAGAGCUGCUGUUUC